GUCUCCUCCCCUUGUCCUCUCUGGCCCGUGGGAACAGUCCCUCCCUCCGCGGCUCUCAGCCUCCGUCCCUUCCUCCCAUCUCGCUGUUCCCGGGUCGGAGGUGCCGGACGCCUGGGUCCUCUGGCUGAUCAGGAGUCUGGGAGCGGGAGCGGGAGCAGCCUUCGCCAUGCUGCCGACGGGAGGCGUCUAUGCCGUGAAGAAAAGGAAAAAGCCCGUGCCAAAGAGUCCCAAGCCACCCCCUCCUGAGGGAACCAAGUCCAACCCUUCAAAAAGACACCGGGACCGUCUGAAUCAGGAACUUGGCAGACUGACCAACUUGUUGCCCUUUCCCGAGGAUGUCCGGGCACGGCUGGACAAGCUUUCCAUCCUCAGGCUGGCUGUGGGUUACCUGAAAGUAAAGGGUUACUUCACAGCCAUUUUGAAGAACCCCAGUACAGGCCGGCCAGAUGACCAAUCUGCAAAUUCAGAAGGAAGUAUCCAGAUGCCUCCCCAUAUCAACCAGGAAGCCUUUUCUGAAGGAGAACUGCUUCUUCAGGCUCUCCAUGGUUUUUUCAUCGCAGUCACUGCAGAUGGAUAUAUCUUCUAUGUCUCACCUACCAUUCAGGACUACCUGGGAUUUCAUCAGUCAGACGUCAUUUACCAGAGCGUGUUUGAGCUGAUCCACACCGAUGACAGGGCCAUGUUCCGUUGCCAGCUGCACUGGUCCCUGAACCCCCCAUCAUUCAGGGAAGCGGAGCAGGACUCCAGCUCUCUGCCUGGGAAUGAGAGCUCUCUGAACAGUGGCACCACUACCUAUGACCCUAAGCACCUGCCCCCAGAGAAUUCCUCCUUCCUGGAAAGAAGUUUUGUCUGCCGAUUCCGCUGUUUGCUGGACAACUCUUCAGGGUUCAUGGCUUUGGAUUUCCAUGGUCGCCUGAAAUUCCUCUAUGGGCAGAAUAAGAAAGAGGAAGAUGGAUCCCUCAUGCCACCUCAGCUAGCCCUGUUUGCUAUAGCAGUGCCCCUCCAGCCUCUCUCCAUUCUGGAACUCCGGACGAAGAUAUAUCUUUUUCAGACCAAACAUAAGCUGGACUUCACACCAAUGGCUUGUGAUGCUAGAGGGAAGGUGCUUCUGGGUUACACAGAAACUGAGCUCUGCAUGAGAGGCUCUGGGUACCAGUUUAUCCAUGCAGCAGACAUGAUGUAUUGUGCUGAGAAGCAUGUAAGAAUGAUGAAGACAGGUGAAAGUGGAAUGACCAUCUUCAGGCUGCUCACCAAGAAGGCCGGCUGGCUUUGGGUCCAGGCCAAUGCCAGGCUUGUGUAUAAAGGAGGCCAGCCAGACUGCAUCAUUGCUCGGCAGAGGGUGCUCUCGAAUGAAGAAGGUGAGGAUCAUUUGCACAAGCGGGCCACCUCACAGCUGCCUUUUAACUUUGCCACGGGGGAAGCUGUCCUGUAUGAGAACAACAUUCCACACUUCCUCAGCUCCCUCCCUCCCAGGAAGGAGUUCAAGCCAAAGAAAGAAGCUUUUCUUGACCAUGACCCAGUCGACCCCAAUUCCCUCCUGGGAGCCAUGAUGCAGCAAGAUGAGUCUGCAUAUAUUUCACGGACUGUCUCUGCGCCCUCCUUUUCCUUUACAGAUGCUAUGCAAGCCCCCAGGGAAUGGUGUCCCAGUGACAAGAACGGGAAGAUCAUCAAAGAUGAGACUGAUUCCCUUUUGACCAUCAUUGAGACAUUAUUUGAGAAAAAUGAGGCUGAAAAUGACAUCUGUAAAACUAUCCAGAACCUGGAUGUUGAUGACCUUGAAUUACAGAAGUGGGAGGAAAGCAUGUUCCCAGUGAACCAAGUGGGGUCCCCAAGCUUCCAGGGAAGACUCCAGCAGGGAGUGACCCCCUUCAUGGAUAAGGUGCUACUCUCACCAAAAAGUAGAAAGCACAUGGACUUUGCACCACUGAACAUCACAACGUCUUUACAAUCCCUAAGGCAACAGGCCCCACUGAUGGGACCAUCUCAUCAAACCAGGCCAAUGAACCCACUCCAGUACUUAUUUAUGAACCCCUCCAAAGAGAAGGAUGCAGUCCAUCCUCAGGAAUGCUACUGGCAUUCCCUGGACCCUGAGACAGUUGAUCACUUACCACCUAGAUUGCAGGGAAUCUUACCAGACUUACCCCAGCAGACAAAUGGACAGGCUCAGGAGGGUCCAUUGAUCUUUGGAAUGUGCCAAGAUUCCAUGGCCACCCCUAAGACACAAGCAGCAUCUGGCCAGACAAAUCCCAUGCCAAUUUCCUCACAUCGGACCAGUUGGCAUCCCCUGGAGCCAAGCUCAGACAAUUCCACAGCAGCAUUUCCACCAACAGGCACAUCCUCUCUUCCUUUGGAAAAAGCAGGUUCUGAGAAGGAGAAACAGCACAGCUCUGGGGGCGAUGCUUCUGCCCAGUCAUUUCGGUUCCAGACACAUGCACACAGCAGUCAUUGGCAGGAUCCAGAGCCUGCCAGUGCUCACCAGGGUCCUCCUCGGGGCACCAAGCCCAGAUGUAGUGUGGACUCACUGACCCUCAGAGAGCCUAUGGAGGUGGAGGCACAAUUCCAGAUACAGAGAGCUCAGCCAAACGCACUUGGAUCCCAUGAGACAAGCCCAUGGACUUCUUCAAGGUUGGCUGACUACCCUCAUGAAGACAUACAAGGUAUGGGGAUCACUCCACUUUCCAGCACACAGCAGGCCCACAGGACAACACUGCCAUGCUAUGGCCAACAGCCCACUCCCCUGGAAGGUCAUUGGCUUCCUGGGGGCUAUCCUUCCUGUUGGCCAAACCAGCAGCAGCAGCAACCGUCACCAGUCUUGGCUGUUUAUAGUGAACAGCAAGAGUUCUCAACCCAGCAUCAGCAGCACUUGGGGCCAGGCACUGACCAUUCUGCAGAGCUCUGCAGGCCAGCUCUGGAACAUCGUCAUGUGCUUCUCACAGGUGAAGCAGGGCCCAGCGUCCAUCAGCAGACUGCCCCUGAUCAGGAGGCCAGCUACCAGAGAGAGAGGAUGCUCCAGACCACACAGAGGUCCUCUGUUCCUACCAUAUGGCAGAAUGAAUGCUUACUCUCCUCACCUGAAUAUCCAAACAGCAUGCCCACUAUGGAAAGGGACAUCUCUCCCCAGGUAACUCAGGGAUCACCCUUUCUUGGGUCCUGCCAUCUCAGCAGUAAACUAGGAGAAGCCUCGCCAUCUUGCAUGGGCAGACUCACCAACUCAACCCCUGGUAGGGAAGCAAGAUUGGAAUUGGACUGGAGUCUUCAUCGCCAUCCCUCAGACCCUCCUUUCUCCCACACAUUAUUAGAACAACCACCAGAUGGUUGGCCGGUUUUCAGUUACGAUGUUCACUGCAAGCCAACCCAUCGGAGUGAAGAGUCUAGUACCACAGGAUUUCCUGCUAGUGCUCAUCUCCCCAAAACAUAGUUUACCUCAAGUUCUGCAAUCAAAUCACUAUUUCCUUCUUGGGACUGAGUUUUUCUGUGGGGUUUUUUUGUGGCCUUCAAAGUAGUUGUCUUUCUUGAAACUGAAGUUCCUGAAGCUUUUCAAUGGCUAUGUGAAUAUUUCACUGAUUAAAAACAAACAACAAUUCUCCAUGUGCACAAAUCUAUUUUUCUAUAAUCAAGUUCCCUAGGUUCUGGAGAUGCCCCACUUUUAUUUCCACAUUGUACUCUUUUUAUUUUUUUGCUGGGCAAUGAGGGUUAAGUGACUUGCUCAGGGUCACACAGCUAGUAAGUGUCAAGUGUCUGAGUCUGGAUUUGAACUCAGGUCCUCCUGAAUCCAG